AGUGCAUGAGUCAGGACGAUGUUUAACUCGGUCAAUCUGGGCAACUUCUGCUCCCAGACGCGAAAAGACAGAAGUACCGAGUUCGGGGAGCGGACGGGCUGCGGCUCGAGCCUCUACCUCCCCAACUGUGCCUACUACGUGCCCGAGUUUUCUUCUUCCUCCUCUGCGGUGUCGUCGUUUCUGCCGCAGGCUUCCUCGCGUCAGAUCGCUUACCCGUACCCAACAAGCCUGUCUCACGUGCAGUCGGUUCGGGACGUGUCGUACGGACUGGAUCCGUCAGCCAAGUGGCACCACAGAGGGAGCUACGCGCCGUGCUACGCGGCAGAGGAAUGUCUUCCGCCAUCGUCCUCCAUGACGGAAAUGCUGAUGAAGAACGAGAGCGUCUAUAACAACCACCACCACCACCAUCAUCAUCCUCAUCAUCACCACCUUCAUCAACAAGCCGGCACUAGCUUUUACCCCGCCACGGGAAAGAACAACAACGUCCUCCCGCAAGGUUUUGACCGUUUUUUCGAGGGUGCCUACGGAGGCUCCGUUGAGGACUGUGUGCAAAAAGAAGAGGACGUCAGCAAACCGGAUCCGGCCGCGCGUUCCGACCCAGAAAAAGAGCACCAGCGCGAAGAUGAGGAUGAAGAGGACGAGCACGCCACCGCGACGUCGGGAGCCUCGUCCACGGCGGCGAAAGACGACGCCGCCUGCAAGAGCGAGCACUCCAGUGCCACUCGGACGCGGAAGAAGCGAUGCCCUUACACCAAGUUUCAGAUCCGGGAGCUCGAGCGCGAGUUCUUCUUUAAUGUUUACAUCAACAAAGAAAAACGGCUGCAGCUCUCGCGCAUGCUGAACCUCACCGACCGACAGGUGAAAAUCUGGUUCCAGAACCGACGAAUGAAAGAGAAGAAAUUAAGCCGAGAUCGCCUGCAGUAUUUUUCCGGUAACCCUCUUUUGUGAACUGUGUUGUUGUUUUUUUCUCUCAUGUCCUGGAUAUUAUCAUAAUUCCAAAAAAAAUUCAAUGCAAAGUUGAAUCGUAAUGAAGACAGAAGCUGAUUUCAGUACUUGGUUGUUGCAUAGCUACACAUAAGUUGGGACUUUUAUGGACGUAUGACGUUUUUAUUUUUUCCAGCAUCUCUUGCUUUAAAAUAGCAUCAUCUUCAGCAUAAAUGAUGUUAAGAGAGUGAGACCUAAAGAAGGCCAUUUCCAUCAUGUAAAAAACUCCUUUUUCUAAUAAAGAAUUAGGAUCCAGCGAAGCGUCCCAUCAACUAGAACCAUUUUACUCUGAAUUGCCCUUGACUUAUUGUAAUCGAUGAAGUUGUGAUUGUAUCUAUUAUUAUUAUUAUUAUUAUUGACUUUAUUUACAGGUAAAUGCCCAUCUUUGAGACUAUGCAAUAUGAUUAAUCACCAUUGUGUAUUAUUACUCACUGUAAAUAUGUACUUGUUUAUUUUUUCUUUUAUUUUCUUUUUCAUUUGCAUUAUCCAUGCUAGAGGAUGGGAAAAGGUCGAAGCGAAGCGAAGGCUGCAGGGUUUUCUAUUUUUAUCCCAUUGUAAGCUGUUGUUUAUGCUAGCUGUUUACGUGUUAUGCGGUGAAAAGGGGGAGGAAACGUUGAAUAUAUGCAUAUGCAAAGUUAAGAAUGUAAUAAAAAAAAUUAGGAA